UAUGACGCCAAACGCGUCAAUACGUCACUCCGUGGUCACCUACAAAAACCUGCCCAAGCGAGAUGGUCUUCAAGAUUUUUAUAUCAUCUCGUCUAGCCUCAACUAAGGCUUCAUCAAUCCAGUAUCAGCAUCUGCUCAUAAUAGUUAACCUUGUCGAAACAGUACGAGAUAUCAAGACUGAACCCGAACGAUGAAGCUACAACUAGCCUCCUGGCUGGUGUGUGCUCUUGCAACCGCUGAGGCGGUUGGAGCUUCCAACUGGUUCAGCAAAGCUGUCUACAACAAAUGGCACGAGACUGAGUUGGAACGCUGGCUUGCUGAUCAUGACAUUCCAUACCCUUCACCCGCUGACCGAAAAGAACUCGAGAACGCUGUGAAGACAAACUGGGAUCUCAAGGUCCAGAAACCUCUUGGUCAGCUCUCAGAUCACUCCGGCGACCGCUGGGAACACACCAAAGAAUGGAUUUUUGAUACAUGGACCGACUCUCAGUUAAAGGCAUUCCUUGACCGACAUGGUAUCCCUUCACCGCAGCCACGCCGUCGGGACACCCUGCUCAAGGCGGCUCGGGAGAACUACGAGGCCGUCGCAAAGAAGCUUGGUGAAGCCGCUCAUUACCCAGGCAAUUGGCUGUACGACCAGUGGAGUGAUUCCGAUCUGAAGCUCUGGCUCGAUGAGCGCGGAUGGCCUGCUCCUCAACCCACCACUCGGGACCGUCUGAUCGCGGCUGUUCGUCGCAACACCCGGCUAGCUAGUCUGCAGGCAAAGAACAUUGCUGCCUCUGUAGUCCAGUCAGCCAAUGCCGCACAGGAGACCUUGAGUGAAGCCUUGUUUAGUGCCUGGUCCGAUUCCGAUCUUAAGAGAUUCCUCGACGAGCACGGUAUUCAUGUUCCACAGGGCUCCAAACGCAAUGAGCUCAUUGCCUUGGCACGAAAGCAUCGCGCUGCUCUCGUUGACCAAGCCUCUUCCGCUUCCUCUUCCGUGUCCUCAACGGCUUCCGAAUACAUCGGCGCUGCUACAUCCAGAGCUGGCAACGAGUACGCACGUGCUACUGAUAACGCAAGCUUGAAGUCUCAGGAAGCUUUCGAUACUGCCAUCAACUCCUGGUCUGAUUCACGCCUCAAGGCCUUCCUUGAUGCCAGAGGCGUUCCCGUUCCCCAGAAGAACAAGCGCGAUGAGCUCCUCGCUCAAGUCAGACUCAACAAGCAUAAGGCUGCCACUGGCUGGUCCGCUUGGACCUUUGACACCUGGGACACUGAACACCUGAAGAAGUACCUCUCUUCUGUAAACUCGAAAGUCGCUCAUCGCGCCGGGGUUACCCGCGACGAACUCGUUAAGGAAGCCCAAGACACGUACGAAAAGGCCACCAAAGCCGGAGGCUCUCAGCUCGCUUCCGCAACUUCCUACCUCAAACAAGCCACCGCCAGCGCAAAGGACGCUACAUUUGACACCUGGAGUGACUCAGAUCUUAAGCAGUAUCUCGAUUCCUACGGCGUCCCAGUCUACCAGGGCACUGAGCUGAACGAGCUCCGCGCUGCGGCUCGGCGCAACGCCCAUUGGUUCAGAUACGGCACUUCCACACCCCAGGGAGCACUGUACGCCAAAUUCACCGGCGCUGCACAAUGGUUGUUAGACCAGUUGAAGAUUGGUGCAGCGAGCGGCAGAGCUCAGGGCCGGGAGGCUGCUGAGAAGUUGCAGGACAAAGCGGAAAAGAAGGCGGAGGAGGUUCGAUCUGAACUCUGAAGGUGAUGAAGUGAAAGCUGGUUGCGUAUGAUUGAACGAGCGUCCUUUUUUUGUGUACAGAGGGUCUUACGGCAUAUAAUUAUUUUCGUGAUGUUCAUUCCAUAACCCCAAUUAAUGGUACA